AUGCAUUGGCUACUUAGCUUACUCCAGAUACUUGCCGACAUUCGGGCUGAUAGUAACCGUGACGGUAGAGUUGAUCUCGAUGGAGACAUAGAUAUUCCCCAUAAGCUGAACCAUCUAGACCAUGCCGGGGCCAUAUUUCUGGCUAAUAUCGGUGACACCGACCGGCGGUGUUCUAAACUGGCACUGAAUGGCAGUCCUCCGUCCAACGAGAAACUUGCUGCCUGCAAUGAUGCCUCCGAUAACAUCCAACGCUCCCCUCAGUAUAUGGCGCCUCUUCGAACGGUUCCUAUUUCCUGCUUAAGUCCAAGUGCAUAUGGAACUGUGUCAGUUGAAGACGCAACACUGCAACAGGGCCUAAACCUUGGACUUGAUGCCAGGGAUACAAGGCGGCCAGGUGGCUGGGAUGGAAGAGUGACUGUCCGCUUUACAGUUCACGAUCGCGGGAAGAUGUCAGCCGACAGUGUAAAGCUGCGCGUUGCUCCCAUUUUAACUUAUCAUCAUUCACAUUCGGUCCACCAAAUCCUCACCACUGCAGGAAACAAUACCUUCAACCUUUUCCAAGCCAAAUUUGUGUCCGCUUUUGAUGCCGCCCUUGCCGAAAUGAACGUCAAUUCCCCACUCUUCAAAUUCAAUGCGUCCGACGACAUUUGGGCUCAAAACUUUUUCGAACCUGGGUAUACGAGCAUGCCUAGUCCGGAUGGGCCAGUGACGCUGCGAAUCAUGAUACGUUCCGCUCAAGACAGCCGCGUUGCUGGACGUCAAGUAUUUGAGUAUCUACGAGCCGCAGGAACGGGAGCAGUUCAACACCUUGGGGGCGCGCGUGAUGAGCCAUACAUCUUGGAAUACCUGCAAGCACAAGAAAUUCAAGAUCCGCUUCUGGUCGACGUCGACUGGCUUGCCGUCGGACACGUUGACGAGAUGCUUCAAUUCCUUCCUGCCAAUAAUUCACUGGGCUGGGUUAUGCUCGUCCCGGAUCCACAGGAAGGGCUUGCUAUAUUGCGACACGCCCAGUCAGCCGGCCACGGGAAGACCGGGGCCUUUUCCCGCCAAAACGAUACCGAGGGGAAUCCGUCCGAUCUAUUUGGGAUACCCUGGGGCCUUCGCGGUGUGCCAAGCUACACGAUCGAUGAACUCCUUUUGCAAAACGAACUCAUAGAAGCCAACGCCAACUUUUCUGAGCGCAUCAAGGCUACCGUCGACGUUCUCAAGUGCAAAACGGGCAUCAAAGAUGCAGAUAAUACGGUUUACCUGCGGUUUUCCGCACUGGGCUGA